AGAUAUGCGCCUUUCAAUACUGCAAGAUGUUCACUGGACAGCUCAAGAGAAAUUGAAAGAGGUUAGAACAGUGACUAGUAAGGAACUGAUAGAAGAAAUUGCCUCCAAGAUGUUUCCAACAUGCCACUAUAGAGUCCUGGUUCAGGGAAAUACUGAUGUUAAACAGGCAUCUGAGCUUUACAAAAUGGUCAGUGAUAGAAAACAGAGAUCUGGGAUCAUAAAGUCACCUUUUCCUGAGCUUCGCACUUUUAAGUUACCAAAUGGCUGUAAUGUAGCGAGAGCCCAUGGAUUCAAUCCAGCUGACACCAACAGUUCUGUCAUAAAUUAUUAUCAGAGUGAUCCUGGUACAGGAGAGACUGAAGUGCUUCAUGAGUUUAUUCAGAUGGUAAUGGAUGAGCCUGCUUUUGAUUUUUUGAGAACUCAAGAACAGCUUGGGUACAGUGUUUACUGUACAAACCGGAAUACCUUUGGUAUUCUUGGUCUGUCAUUAACAGUAAAUACUCAAGCCAACAAAUUCAGUGUGUGUCAUGUUGAUGAAAGAAUAGAAACAUUCUUGACACACUUUAUUACUACUGUGGAGAACAUGAGUGAUGAAGAAAUGUCAACACUGAAGGAAACUUUAAUUAGCAUGAAACAGACUGUUGACAUAACAUUAGGUGAAGAAGUUGCAAGAAACUGGAAUGAAAUUGUUGAUGGAGAGUACGUCUUUGAUAGACGCAAACGUCAGAUUGAACUAAUCAAAUUAAUAACAAGAGAGUCAACAGUGGCUCAACUACAAAAGGUGCUGUCAGAUAAAGAUAAUUCAAGCUACAGGAAACUAUCCGUACAGGUUGUUGGUUCUACUAAUCCUGAAAAUGGAGUGCCUCCUUCACUUGACUGUCUGACUGAUUACAGUACUAAUAUGAAGCUGGUUGGACCUGUAGAAGGAGACAAAGAUUUUACAGAUGAACAGUUUGUUAAGGACAUUAAUGAUUUUAAAGUGCAGCUGAAAUUAUAUCCAGUUACAAAAAUAUUGUAGCAUAAAUUUUAAUCACAAGGUGCAUUUUGUUUUUGUUGAAUUUGACACUACUUUCAAAUCACUCAGUAAUCACAAAUCUCAUGUCAUUCAGCUAGUUGAUCAAACAUUGGUUCAAUUUAAGAAAAUACUAUUCUUAGAAUAUACAUCUGUGAUAUGUGUUUACAUAAUAAAAGGGAAAGUUGCUAAACCCUACUCCCUUGUUUAUUUUAUUGUGAUACAUCACUGAUUUUAGCAUAAUAGGUAUACAGGUUUGCAAAAUUUAAUUGUAGUACAAAUUGUGAAAUAUGAAUUUCUGUUUACAUUAUUUCAAUAACAAGCAAUAGACUUAUCCAGAAAGAAUAUCUUUGUUAUUGCUUUUAUUAAAAUAGAUAACUACAUUUUUGUCUUUCGUAAAGAUAAUUUUGGGAAUGUUAUUGCUAAAAGCAAUGGAAGGUGCAAUAUGGUGUCAAUAAACAUGUAUUAGUAAAGCAGGUCUUUGUGGCUGUCUGAAAAUUUGAAUGAUCUAAAUGUUUCAUUAAAUAAUCUGGCUACAUCA